AUGGAUUUAUGUAAAGUGAAGGUCACCGCUCCCGGUAAGGUUAUUUUGCAUGGAGAGCAUUCGGUUCUCUAUGGGGAAGUUGCGGUAGCAUGCAGCAUAGGACUUCGAACUACUACCAUUAUUCAGGAAAUAGAGGUAACUAAUGAACCGACGAUCAACAUUAUUUUCCUAUCAUUGGGACUGAAUGAAAGCAUUCCAUUGAAGAAGGUUGUGGAGUAUUUCUUUGAACCACCAUUUUCAAAGUCAUGGAAGAACCCCAUAGAAGUAGACCAUGCAAGCCACUUAGCAAAAGUCAACAGAUUCUGGAGCAUGAUCAAACCUAAUUUUGAAAAAAUUACAGAAAUCCAAAAACAGUCUCUGCGAUCGUUUCUUUAUCUGUUUUCUAAGAUAUUUGGCCAUACAGAUUUACUAGCAAACAGUAUGAGUGUCGAAAUGACUACAGAACUAACUAUCGGCGCUGGCACAGGCAGUUCAGCUUCCUUCGCGGUAUGUUUAGUAGCAGCUUUCCUGCAAUUUCUCAAAAUCAAAUGUGGCUGUAAUGACAAGAUAUUUCAUUUGGAAGAUUUGGAACGUAUAUCAGCUGAGGCUUUCGAAUCGGAGAAGAUAAUGCAUGGAACACCUUCAGGCAUAGACAACACAACGUGUACUUUCGGCUCUCUAGUUUCGUUCAAAAAAGGUGGAACGCCGUGUUUGCUUGAUUUCAAAACCAAUAUACGUAUUCUGCUCGUCGAUACAAAAGUCAGUAGAAAUACAAAGAGAUUAGUAAGCCACGUGUCAGCUCUUAAGGAGAAAAACAGUGAUGCUGUAGGCUGUGUGAUGAUGGCCUGCGGUCAUAUAACGACUACUGCUAUAAAAAUCUUGGAAGAGCUGGCACAAGACGAAGUCAAGGAUAUUGAAGAGAAAUACCGACAUUUGAGGGAUCUAUGGAACAUGAACCAUUGUCUUCUAGCAUCUCUGGGUGUAUCACACCCGGCAUUAGAAGAUAUCAGAGCUUCGGCUGAGGUGUACGGUUUUGGAUGCAAGCUAACUGGAGCAGGUGGUGGGGGACAUGCUAUUAUUUUAUUGCCGCCAUCAAGUGAUCAAAACACAAUAGACUCUCUAAUGGAUGAUCUAAAGAAUAAAGGAUAUGCAGUGAAGGACACUCGUUUAGGAAGCGAUGGUGUCUCACUUGAAAUUGUAUAA